CCGGUUAAUAUAUCGCUGUACAUUUUUCCCAUUAGUGGAUACAUCCUCUCCAAAUUAUGAACUCUUGGGCACUGGCCACUAAUAGCGUUUCAAAUGCCCUUACAGGAAGUGCUCUGGCAUUUAGUACAUCAAAUGGGAUAUUAGACCCUUAUUACUUAAAAGUACUCGGGUCGCAAAAGGAACUUUUAAGUAAAAUAGCCAAUACUGAUCAUUCUUCAGAUUCAAUUGAAAGUUUCAUUCUUGCAGCAUGUAUUGAUAACAUAAUUGAUAUUCAAAAGUUAAUUAUUGAUCAUCCUGAAUAUAUUGAUGAUUUAUCAACUGGAAUUACUCCGCUUAUUUAUUCGAUUGUAUUACAUAAAGUGAAUGUAAUUGAAUUUUUAUUGGAUAAUUCAGCCAAUGUUGAUUUAAAUGAUACUAGUGUUGCCAAUUAUACUCCACUUAUGUGGGCAAUUCACCUAGACCAAUUAGAUACAGUGAAAACCCUUCUUAAUCAUCAGGCAGAUCCUUACUUGAGUCCUAAGGAUGAUGGGAAAGAUGCUAUAAGUCUUGUUUUCCCAGAAAACGUCAUCAUGUAUGAAUAUUUUAAAACUCAUAAUUUACUAGGAAAGAGUAAAUCUGUCACUGGUGAUGAUUUCUAUCAAUCAUUUGAACCACAAGGAGGUGUGGAAAUAGAUGAUCUUAAUAAUAAGAUUAGAAUGCAAACCAUUACUUCAAGUUACCAAGAUGGUGAGGAUGAAGAAGAUGAAGAAGAUGCAAAAAUUCAACUGUAUGUAGAAGAACGUACACUUUCAGAAGAUCCUUAUCUUUUUGCAUUGAAUGAAUUUGAUUAUACGAAAUUACGUCCAGAACAAUACAUCAAAUUCACAGAUUCUGAUAUUCCUUCACUUUUAGAUUAUAUUUUCAACUACAGAACCAGUUCAACUUCAAAUCAACAUAAUACCAAAAUUCCCUCGUCAAUCAUAUUUCAAUUACUUCGUUAUUCACAUAUGAAAGCUGAAAGUCAAGAACUUACCGAAUUUUUAUUUGAUUGUUUUAUUACCAGACUCCGUUCGGUCACCAACACUAAGUCAGGAGUUAUGACCAGUGAAGUCCAACAAUCUGCAAGUGGAGGUGCAGGUGGAGACAUUGUACUGUUGAGUUAUUGGCUUUCAGUUAUUCAAUUUCUUCAUUUUUAUUUAUCUAAAAAUGAUUUCUAUAAAUCAUAUCCCAAGUUUCUUCAAGAAUUGAUUAAUAUUGUCCAAUCUCUUAUUGCUGGUUUAUCAUUUGCUGUGAAUACAAGACUUGGACAAUUGAUUGAUGAAUGUUUACUUGACUUUACGAAUUUAGUUGAUGUUUCAAACGCAUUAUAUGCCAAGGAUUGGAAUUUAUUUAAAAGUAAGAAAAAGCAUCCAAAUACCUAUGAUGAUAUUUUCAAUAUGUUAUAUCCACCAUCUGAAAGAGAAUUAAUGAAACCAUCUCCGUUAAGAAUUGUUCAAGUAUUGGGAGCUCUUGAUUAUGUCUUAAAACUUCAUGAAGUUAAUACACUCAAUCGAUUCCAAGCAUUUUCUCAAGUUUUCUAUGGAAUCAAUUGCAAUAUAUUCAACAAAUUAAUAUCACUGUCUAAGUACUGCUCUCGCGGUAAGGCAAUUCAAAUUAGAUUAAACAUUUCUUCCUUGGAAGAUUGGCUCAGAUCUCAUAAUUAUAAGAUUUAUAAACCGGAUAAAAUUGGACAACUUAAUAAUUUGUUACCACCUGAUUUUAGUCCCUUAACAAAUAUUCUUAUUGAAAAUAGUACAAACAAAAAUGAUGCCCAUACAUUGUCAUUCUAUUAUAAAUCUCUUUAUCAUGUUGGAAGAAGUCAAUUACAACCUACAUUUGAGUUAUUACAAUGGCUUCAAUGUAUGUCCAGUUUAUCAGAUGAAGAAAAUCUUAUUGGUACAAUUAAUCAAUUUGAUUAUUUGAAUUAUUUCCAAAUUGUUAAGACAAUGACUAAAUUAUACAAGUAUGAAGUUUCAGAAUCUAAAAUUCCAAAAGGUCUUAUUAAUUAUAUGAAAAGAUUACAAAAUGAACAAGGAGAAAAGCAAGUUGAAAAAUCAUUAUUACAUUACAUGACACAAAUAAAUUUCUUACUGAAAGAAAUAUAUAUUUAUUUGAAUCCAAAUUAUAUCUUUGCAGUAUCAUUACCAAACUUACAAGAAUUGAUUAAUUCAUAUGGUUCUGGAAUUGGAGGAGUAAGGAUUUAUCGUGCUAAGAAGUUCCAACCAUCGUUACCAUUACUGGUUAUGGAUGAUAUAGAUGAGUUACUUGCUAAAAACAAGGCGGAUAGCAAUGAAACAUUUGAGCAUGAAGAAGAAGAUGAAGAUGAAGAAACUGAAGAAAAGGAUGAUGAUAAUGAUAAUGAUCGCGUAGAAACAUUUGAAAAUCCUUCAAAAUCAGAUACUAAUAAUGACAAAUCGAAUGAAAAAAUAUUUAAAGGAGAUCAAUUAUUUAAAGAAGUUCAACUUCCUGGAUCAUUGGCUCAUAAACAUUGGGGAAGUGAUGAUAUAGAUUCAAACCCUUGGACCUGAGAUAUUACUAUAUAUAUAUAUAGAUAUAAGUGGCUAUUAGAUAAUUCCUGUAUGCAAACUAC